CAGUUUCCUGAUGAAUCUUCCCUUCAACCUCAUUGAUAAGAAAAUCACUGUGUAUAGAAAUGGCUGGGCCACAGUGAUCCAGGCAGACUUUGGCCUCACCGUUACCUAUGCCAGGUGGUCAGGACGCACCACGGUCACUCUGCCAGUCACCUACGCAGGAGCCGUGUGCGGUCUGUGUGGCAACUUCAACAGUGACAGGGAUGAUGACAUGCUCAUGAGGGAUGGCACGCUGGCACCAAGCCCCCUCAGCUUUGGCCAGAGCUGGAAGGUGGGCGACCUCCCAGGAUGCUCUGCAGUAAUGAUACCACCAUGUGCAAGUGUAGAGGCUAUUGAAAAACAACAACGAGGUAGCAGAGGGCAGUGUGGGAUCAUCCUUCACAAGAGUGGCCCCUUCAAAGGAUGUCACAGCAAAGUGGACCCGCAUGGAUACUUCGUAGACUGUGUACACGGCUAUUGUGUCCUCAGUGGGCGGGAGAAUAACGUCUGCCAGGCGAUUGCUGGCUAUGCUGAGGCAUGUCAGGAAGCUGGAGCUAUGGUGCAUCCUUGGAGGACAAUGAAAUUCUGCUCUCCUUCCUGUCCCCAGAACAGUCACUAUGAAUUCUGCAGCAGCAGCUGUGAUCUGACAUGCAGCAGCCUCUAUGCCCCGGUGCAAUGCACGUCCCGGUGUAAGGAAGGCUGCGUGUGUGACGAGGGCUUUGUUCUCAGUGGUGACCUCUGUGUCCCCUUUUCCCAGUGCGGAUGCCUCCACAGGGGACUUUACUACCAGGCUGGAGAGACCUUCCACCCGAGUGGUUCAUGCGAAGAGCAGUGUGUGUGUCAGGCUGGUGGGGAGGUUGUGUGUAAGGCAUUCUCCUGCGGCUCUGGUGAGCAAUGCAGGGUGGUGGACGGUGUCCAGAAAUGCCACCCAUUUGGAUCUGCGACCUGUUCUGCCUCUGGCCAGUCCCACUACCUCUCUUUCGAUGGGGUCUCCUUUGACUUCCAAGGCACCUGCACCUACAUCCUGGCCAAGACCUGCACUGAUGCCAGCCACCUUACACCAUUCACUAUCAGCGUAGAGAAAGAAGAUUGGGGCACCAGGAACAUGUCCGUGGCCAAGCUGGUGUCCAUUCAGGUGUAUGGGAUCACACUCACCCUGCUGCAAAACAAACAGGGGCUCGUCAUGGUGAACAGCAUGUCCCACAACCUCCCAGUGAUUGUGGCUGAUGGGCGACUUAGAGCGUAUCAACAUGGCACAAACAUUCUGGUGCAAACCAACUUCGGCCUCACUGUGAGCUACGACUUGGUUUACCAGACCAGGGUCACUAUCUCAGAGAGCUACGAGGGCGAGACGUGCGGCCUGUGCGGGAACUACAACGGACAGGAAGAUGAGGAGUUCCUGCUCCCUGAUGGCAGGACAGUCCCUGAUGCGGCAGCAUUUGGCUCUGCUUGGGAAGUCCAGAUCCCAGGAGCAUCCUGUACAGACAGAUGUGCCGGAAACAGCUGUCCAGUUUGCGAAGAGAAGAAGAAGGAGGUCUUCAAAUGGCACAACUCCUGUGGGCUGCUCACAGACCCCGACGGCCCCUUUGCGGCCUGCCAUGGCACGGUUAGCCCCAGUGUGUAUCAGAGCAACUGCCUGUAUGAUCUGUGCCUGGGCAAUGGGGAUGCACAGGUUCUGUGCCACAGCAUCCACAGCUACGUAACGGCCUGCCAAGAGGCCGGGGCCCCCAUCCUGCCGUGGAGGAACACCACCUUCUGCCCUGUGAGCUGCCCAGUCAACAGCCACUAUGAGGUCUGCACCGACGUCUGCACCAUCACCUGCUCUGGAGACAUCAUGGACUGCCCGGAGACCUGUGCUGAAGGCUGCCAGUGUGACGAUGGCUUCUUCUUCGAUGGCCAGGGCUGUGUGACUGGAGAAAGCUGUGGGUGCUUUGAGAGUGGGAGAUAUUACAAGCCCAAUGAGACGGUCCUGAUGAACGAGUGUCAGCAAAGCUGCACCUGCGUUCCUGCUCGAGGGGUGACUUGUAAAGCCCACAGCUGCUCCCGAGAAGACAUCUGCCAGAUUAGAGAUGGCGUCAGGGCCUGCAUCAGCAAAGUUAUUCCAUCCUGCAGUGUGGUUCGCUGCAGAGAAGGAACUAUUUGCAAGAUGAUAAAUGGGCAGCCAGAGUGUGUGCCAGUCUCUCAGGCCACGUGCUGGGCUGGGGGUUACUUGCAUUACCACACCUUCGAUGGACAGGCGUAUGAUUUCCACGGCACCUGCAACUACAUUGUGGCCAAGACCUGUAGAGAUGACUCUGUCCUGCCGUCCUUCCAUGUCAUGGCCAAGAUCGAGAACAGUGGGAACACACAGGUCUUCUACAUUGGGUCGGUAACUGUCCAGGUGGAUGGAGUCACCGUCACAGCAGCCAGGGCUGAGGUCGGCUUUGUGGGGGUGAAUAACACUAGGGCCCACUUACCCAUCUACCUCAACAACGGGGCCCUUCGGAUCUAUCAGAGCGGCACCUCCCUCGUCCUCCGCACAAAUUUCAACCUCAGCGUGUACUAUGACUGGAACAACCAUCUGAGGGUCACUGUCCCCAGGGUCUUCUCCAACAGCCUGUGUGGCCUGUGCGGCAACUAUAAUGAGGACCUCUCUGAUGACUUCCAGAUCCCAGAUGGGGACCUGGCUUCCAGUGUCACCGCCCUGGGGAAAAGCUGGGCAGUGGAAGAUGAGGAUCAGUUUUGCUGGCACGAUUGCAUUGGAGGUUGUAAGCCCUGUGCCACCAGCAUAGCCAGAAAGUACAAGGAGGAGGCCUCAUGCGGCCUGAUAACCAAGGUCUCUGAUGGGCCCUUCAGUCAGUGCCACACCAAGGUGGAUCCUACAGUCUACUUGGACAACUGCGUAUACGAUCUGUGCCACAACGACGGCUACAGAAAGGCCCUGUGUGAGGCCCUGAAGGCCUACGCGGAUGCCUGCCAGCUGGAGGGGGUCAGGAUUGGGGAAUGGAGGCAGCUGGCCAGAUGCCCCCUGGAGUGCCCCCUGGAGAACAGCCAGUACCAGCUCUGUGGAACAGCCUGCCCAGCCACGUGUGUGGACAAGUCAGCCCCCAGCAGCUGCCAAGACCCCUGUGUGGAAAGCUGCCAGUGCAAGAAUGGUUUUGUGCUGAGCCAGGGCAAAUGCAUACCCAUGGGUGACUGUGGAUGUCUGUUUGAGGGGCGCCCGUAUGCCCCCAAUGAGAGUUUCUGGGUCGAUGAGGCAUGUGGGACACGGUGCAUAUGCAACGCAGCCACUAGACAAGUCGAAUGCGUGGCCGCCACGUGCAAACAAUCAGAGAGAUGUGGGCUAGUGAACGGUGUACGGGGCUGUUACCCCUCCAGCUACGCCACCUGCUCUGUGACAAGAAAUCUGCAUUAUGCCACCUUUGAUGGACAGAGAUACGACUUCCAAGGCACCUGCCUCUACCAGCUCACGGCUCUGUGCAAGAAGACGGAGGGACUGGUGGACUUUGAAGUCUACUUCCAGGAGAACAAUACCGCUCCUGUACAGAUCAAGGUGUAUCAGACCAACCUCAGGGUCAGCAAUCAAUUCCCUGGGAAAGUCCUGGUGAACAGUUUCCUGAUGAAUCUUCCCUUCAACCUCAUUGAUAAGAAAAUCACUGUGUAUAGAAAUGGCUGGGCCACAGUGAUCCAGGCAGACUUUGGCCUCACAGUUACCUUUGCCGGGUGGUCAGGACGCACCACGGUGACUCUGCCAGUCACCUACGCGGGAGCCGUGUGUGGUCUGUGUGGCAACUUCAACAGUGACAGGGAUGAUGACAUGCUCAUGAGGGAUGGCACGCUGGCACCAAGCCCCCUCAGCUUUGGCCAGAGCUGGAAGGUGGGCGACCUCCCGGGAUGCUCUGCAGUAAUGAUGCCACCAUGUGCAAGGGUAGAGGCUAUUGAAAAAGAACAACAAGGUAGCAGAGGGCAGUGUGGGAUCAUCCUUCACAAGAGUGGCCCCUUCACUGGAUGUCACAGCAAUGUAGACCCGCAUGGAUACUUCGUAGACUGUGUACACGGCUAUUGCGUCCUCAGUGGGCGGGAGAAUAACGUCUGCCAGGCCGUUGCUGGCUAUGCUGAGGCAUGUCAGGAAGCUGGAGCUAUGGUGCAUCCCUGGAGGACUACGAAAUUCUGCUCUCCGUCCUGUCCCCCGAACAGUCACUAUGAAUUCUGCAGCAGCAGCUGUGAUCUGACAUGCAGCAGCCUCUAUGCCCCGGUGCAAUGCAUGACCCGGUGUAAGGAAGGCUGCGUGUGUGACGAGGGCUUUGUUCUCAGUGGUGACCACUGCGUCCCCAUUUCCCAGUGCGGAUGCCUCCACAGGGGAAUUUACUACCAGGCUGCGGAGACCUUCCACCCGAGCGGUUCAUGCGAGGAGCAGUGUGUGUGUCAGGCUGGUGGGGAGGUUGUGUGUAAGGCAUUCUCCUGCAGCAGUGGUGAGGAAUGCGGGGUGGUGGACGGCAUCCAGAAAUGCCACCCAUUUGGAUCUGUGACCUGUUCUGCCUCUGGCCAUCCCCACUACCUCUCUUUCGAUGGGGUCCCCUUUGACUUCCAAGGCACCUGCACCUACAUCCUGGCCAAGACCUGCACCGAUGCCCGUGACCUUACACCUUUCACCAUCAGUGUAAAGAAAGAAUCCUGGAGCACUAGGAAUGUGUCCGUGGCCAAGCUGGUGUCCAUUCAGGUGUAUGGCAUCACACUCACCCUGCUGCAGAGCAAACAGGGGCUCAUCAUGGUGGAUGGGGUGUCCCACAACCUGCCUGUGAUCGUUGCCGAUGGGCAGCUCUGGGCGUAUCAACACGGCGUGAAUGUCCUGGUGCAAGCUGACUUUGGCCUCACUGUGAGCUACGACCUGGUUUACCAGGCCAGAGUCACAGUCCCGGGUAGCUACCAUGGCCGGAUGUGUGGCCUGUGCGGGAACUACAAAGGGCAGCAAGAUGACGAGUUCCUGCUCCCUGAUGGCAGGGUGGCCCCCGACACUGCAUCCUUCGGGUCUGCCUGGGAAGUUCAGAUCCCAGAAGCCUCCUGUACAGACAGAUGUGCUGGGAACAGCUGUCCGGUCUGCGAGGAGGAGAGGAAAGAUGUCUUCAAAGCGCACAACUACUGCGGGUUGCUCACAGCUUCUGAUGGCCCUUUUGCCACCUGCCACGGCACGGUCAGCCCCAACGUGUAUUUCAACAACUGCCUGUAUGAUCUGUGCCUGGGCAAUGGGGACUCCCAGGUCCUGUGCCAGAGCAUCCACAGCUACGUGACAGCCUGUCAAGAGGCCGGGGCCCCCAUCCAGCCCUGGAGGAACACCACCUUCUGCUCUCUGACCUGCCCAGCCAACAGCCACUACGAGGUCUGUACCAACCUCUGCACCACCACCUGCACUGGAGAUAUCAUGGACUGCCCAGAGACCUGUGCUGAAGGCUGCCAGUGUGAUGAGGGCUUCUUCUUCGAUGGCCAGGGCUGCGUGACUCUGGAGAGCUGUGGAUGCUUCAAGCAUGGGAGAUACUACAAGCCCAGGGAGACCGUCCUGACAAAUGAAUGCCAGCAGAGCUGCACCUGCGUUUCCGCCCGAGGGGUGACCUGCAAAGCCCACAGCUGCACCAGAGAAGAAACUUGCCAGAUCAGAGAUGGUAUCAUGGGCUGCAUCAGCAAAGAUCCCUGCAAAACCCUGAAAUGCCAGAUCAAGGAGACAUGCAAAAUUGAAGAUGGCCAAGAGUCAUGUGUUCCUGCCUACACUGGAAUCUGUCUGGGCUCAGGGGAUGCACAGUACCAAACUUUUGAUGGCCUGAAGUUUGACUUGCAGGGCAUUUGCAAGUACACCAUCGCUAAGUACUGUGGCAGCGACCCUACCCUGGAGCCCUUCACCAUUAAUGAGAAGAACGACAACAGGGGGAACCAGGAAAUCUCCUUUUGGCAGGUGACCAAUAUCUAUGUCUACGGGUACAACAUCUCCAUCUACAAGAGGGAAGUUGGCAAAGUCCGGCUGAACAGUGUGAUCACCAGUCUCCCAGUGACGCUGAAAGACGGUAAAAUCAAACUGUACCAGAAAGCUCUCACCACCGUCCUGCAGACGGACUUCGGCCUCCAGAUCACAUAUGACAAAAAUUGGCACGUAGCGAUCACCCUCCCCAGCAGCUAUUAUGGGGCCACAUGCGGCCUAUGUGGGAACUUCAACCAGAAUCCAGAUGAUGACAUGAUGUCAUCCAAAGGCACCAGCAUCUCCUCCAUCAUGGACUGGGCUGCCAGUUGGAAAGUCCAAGACCGGGACCCCUUUUGCUGGGAUUAUUGCCAAGAGACUUGCCCAGUGUGUGAUGAGAGCAAGAGAGCUCUGUAUGGGGAUGACAGUCACUGUGGGGUGAUCAGUAAAGCACCGGGAGGGCCCUUCAGAGAGUGUCACUCCAGGGUGAGCGCUGAUGACUUCUUUGACAGCUGCAUCUAUGACAUGUGUCUGAAUGAGGGGGACAAGAGCAUUCUGUGUGAGGCGCUGGAGGCCUAUGCAAAUGCCUGCCGGAGGCAUGGGGUCUCUGUCGAUGACUGGAGGACGCCAUCCAGUUGUGAUGCCUGCAAAGCUCUGAAAUGCCGGACCAAAGAGACAUGCCGGACUGAGGAUGGCCACACAUCAUGUAUUCCUGACUACAUGGGAACCUGCUUGGGCUCAGGGGAAAUGCACUACCAAACUUUUGAUGGUCUGAAGUUUGACUUCGAAGGCACCUGCACCUACACCCUGGCCAAAUACUGUGGGAGCGAAACCUCCCUGGAGCCUUUCACCAUUGAUGAGAAGAACGCCAAUAAGGGGAGCCAGGAUAUCUCCUUUCUGCGACUGACCAACGUCUACAUAUAUGGGUACAACAUCUCCAUGUACAAGAGGGAAGUUGGCAAAGUCCGGCUAAACGGUGUGAUCACCAAUCUCCCGGUGACGCUGAAAGACGGUAAAAUCAGACUAUACCAGAAAGGCCUCAGCACUGUCAUGCAGACGGACGUUGGCCUCCGGGUGGGGUACAACAAGAACUGGCAUCUGGAAAUCACCCUCCCCAGCAGCUAUUAUGGUGCCAUGUGCGGUCUUUGUGGGAACUUCAACCAGAACCCAGAAGACGACAUGAUGUCCUCCAACGGCAUCAAAGUCUCCUCCAUCGUGGGCUGGGCUUCCAGUUGGAAAGUCCAAGACCGGGACCCCUUUUGCUGGGAUUAUUGCCAAGAGACUUGCCCAGUGUGUGAUGAGAGCAAGAGAGAGCUGUAUGGGGAUGACAGUCACUGUGGGGUGAUCAGUAAAGCACCGGAAGGGCCCUUUAGAGACUGUCACUCCAGGGUGAGCCCCGACGACGUCUUUGACAACUGCAUCUACAACGUGUGUCUGAAUGAGGGGAAGAAGACCAUUCUGUGUGAGGCGCUGGAGGCGUACGCAGACACCUGCGGGGACCAUGGAGUCACUGUCUCUGACUGGAGGACGCCGUCCAGCUGUGAUGAAUUUGGAGGUUGGCAUUCUGUCGAAGCAGGUGGCAAUGAGACUAAUCCGACAGUUUACCCUGUUGAUGGAGGAGAUGAUGCCUGCAAAGCUCUGAAAUGCCGGACCAAAGAGACAUGCCGGACUGAGGAUGGCCACAAAUCAUGUAUUCCUGACUACAUGGGAACUUGCUUGGGCUCAGGGGAAAUGAACUACCAAACUUUUGAUGGUCUGAAGUUUGACUUCCAGGGCACCUGCACCUACACCCUGGCGAAAUACUGUGGGAGUGACGCCACCCUGGAGCCUUUCACCAUUGAUGAGAAGAACGCCAAUAGGGAGAGUCAGGAUAUCUCCUUUCUGCGAGUGACCAACAUCUACAUCUAUGGGUACAACAUCUCCAUGUACAAGAGGGAAGUUGGCAAAGUCCGGCUAAACGGUGUGAUCACCAGUCUCCCGGUGACACUGAAAGACGGUAAAAUCAGACUAUACCAGAAAGGCCUCAGCACCGUCAUGCAGACGGACGUUGGCCUCCGGGUGGGGUACAACAAGAACUGGCAUCUGGAAAUCACCCUCCCCAGCAGCUAUUAUGGUGCCAUGUGCGGUCUUUGUGGGAACUUCAACCAGAACCCAGAAGACGACAUGAUGUCCUCCAACGGCAUCAAAGUCUCCUCCAUCGUGGGCUGGGCUUCCAGUUGGAAAGUCCAAGACCGGGACCCCUUUUGCUGGGAUUAUUGCCAAGAGACUUGCCCAGUGUGUGAUGAGAGCAAGAGAGAGCUGUAUGGGGAUGACAGUCACUGUGGAGUGAUCAGUAAAGCACCGGAAGGGCCCUUUAGAGACUGUCACUCCAGGGUGAGCCCCGACGACGUCUUUGACAACUGCAUCUACAACGUGUGUCUGAAUGAGGGGAAGAAGACCAUUCUGUGUGAGGCGCUGGAGGCGUACGCAGACACCUGCGGGAACCAUGGAGUCACUGUCUCUGACUGGAGGAUGCCGUCCAGCUGUGAUGAAUUUGGAGGUUGGCAUUCUGUCGAAGCAGGUGGCAAUGAGACUAAUCUGACAGUUUACCCUGUUGAUGGAGGAGAUGAAACCUGCCAAACCCUGAAAUGCCGGACCAAGGAGACGUGCAAGACACAGGAUGGUCACGCGACGUGUGUUCCCGACUACGUGGGAACUUGCUGGGGCUGGGGGGACCCGCAUUAUCACACCUUUGAUGGCCUGAAGUUUGACUUCCAGGGCACCUGCACCUACACCAUCGCCAAAUACUGUGGGACCGACCGUUCCCUGGAGCCCUUUACCAUCGAUGAGAAGAAUGAUAACAGGGGCAGCCAGGCCAUCUCCUUUCUACGAGUGACCAACAUCUAUGUCUACGGGUACAACAUCUCCAUCUACAAGAGGGAAGUUGGCAAAGUCCGGCUAAACGGCGUCAUCACCAGUCUCCCAGUGACACUCUCAGACGGUAAAAUCAGAGUGUACCAGAGCGGCUUCCGCGCCAUCCUGCAGACAGACUUUGGUCUCCAGGUGGCAUACAACUGGGACUGGCAUCUGGUGAUCACCCUCCCCAGCAGCUAUUAUGGGGCCACGUGUGGCCUAUGUGGGAACUUCAACCAGAACCCUGAAGAUGACAUGACAUCAGCCAGCGGCACCAGAGUCUCCUCCAUCGUGGGCUGGGCUGCUAGUUGGAAAGUCCAAGACCAGGAUCCUUUUUGCUGGGAUUCCUGCCAAGAGAACUGCCUGACAUGUGAUGAGAGCACAAGGAAGCUGUACGGGGGCGACAGUCACUGUGGGUUGAUCAGCAAAGCACUGAGAGGGCCCUUCAGAGACUGUCACUCCAGAGUGAACUCCAGUGAGUUCUUUGAUAGCUGCAUCUAUGACGUGUGUCUGAACAGGGGCGCUACGAGAAUCUUGUGCCAGGCGCUGGAGGCCUAUGCAGCAAGCUGCAGAGACCAUGGGGUUACCGUCUAUGACUGGAGGAUGCCAUCUGGCUGCGCCCUGCCCUGCCCUGAGAACAGCCACUACGAGGCCUGUGGGAAUGCCUGCCCAGCCAGCUGCUCUGACCGAACUGCCCCCUCCUCCUGCCGGGAGCCCUGUGUGGAGACCUGCCAGUGUAAUGAUGGUUACGUCCUCAGCACUGACAAGUGCAUCCCCCUGGCGAGCUGCGGCUGUGACUACAACGGCCACUACUACAAACCCAGUGAGGAGUUCUGGGCCGAUGAGAACUGCCAGUCUCGGUGCAGGUGUGACCCCAGCCUGGGCACAGUGGUUUGCAGGAAGACCAGUUGCAAGGCCAAAGAAAGAUGCUCCGUGGUCAAUGGGAUCCGUGGCUGCCAUGCGAUCAGCUACUCCACCUGCAUAGGUACUGGAGACCCUCACUACACCACCUUUGAUGGGAAAAAGUAUGAUUUUAUGGGCACCUGCAUCUACCAGUUUGCGGCUCUCUGCUCUGAGGACCCCACACUCGCCCCGUUCAAUGUCAAAGUGGAGAACAACAACCGAGGCAGCAAGGCCGUGUCCUUCACCAAAACAGUGACCUUAGAGGUCUACAACAUGACCAUCAGCUUGAGUCAGGAGCAUCCACGCAAGAUCCAGGUCAAUGAUGUCUUUGUGGCCCUGCCCUUCUCCCAUCAGCACAAGUUCAAGGCCUACAUCAGUGGAGUCCAUGGCUUUAUCCAGACUAAUUUCGACCUGAGAGUGAGCUUUGACUGGUACAGGUACGCCAGGGUCAUCAUACCCAAUACGUAUGCCAACGCAGUCUGCGGUCUCUGUGGCAAUGCCAAUCAGGACCCCAGCGAUGAUCUGACCAUGAAGAAUGGAACUCAGACAUCUGAUGAGAUUCAGUUCGCCGACAGCUGGAAGCUUGGUGACAUCCCAGGGUGCUCGUCUAGCUGCACUGGGGACUGCUCAUUCUGCAGCGAGGCUCAGAAACAAACUUACAAGGGAGACCAGUACUGUGGAGUCCUCACCCAACAGAACGAGACAUUCAGACAGUGCCACGGGGCCAUCGACCCAGCUCCCUUCUUUGAUGAUUGUGUCUUUGACACCUGCCAGUACAAGGGUCAUCGUGACACUCUGUGCAGUGCAAUCAGUGCCUAUGUGACAGCCUGCCAGGCCAGGGGCAUCCGGAUAGGGCAGUGGAGAUCGGCCUCAUUCUGCAGACUGACCUGCCCCCUUAACUCUCACUACGAACUCUGUGGAAUCAGCUGCCCUUCCAACUGCAACAACCUGUGGGCUCUAGAUCGGUGUGAGGAGCCCUGUGCUGAAGGGUGUUUCUGUGAUGCUGGAUUCACCCUGAGUGGUGACAAGUGCAUCCCCGUCGCGCAGUGUGGUUGUGUUCACCAGGCCAUGUAUUACAAGAAGGGAGAGGAGUUCUACCCCAGCGCCUCCUGCCAGGAACGCUGCCUGUGCAAAGACAAUGGGAUCGUUGCGUGCCAGGAGGCCUCCUGUGGAGCCAAUGAGGAGUGCAGGGUGAAGAACGGAGUCCUGGGCUGCCAUGCCACAGGAUAUGGAACAUGCGUCGCAUCCAGCGGACCUCACUACAUCUCCUUUGACGGACGGGCCUUUGACUUCCAGGGCUCCUGCACUUACACCUUAGCCAAGGUGUGCAGCAGAGACUCUGGACUGGGAAACUUCUCCGUGGUGGUGGAGAAUGAGAGCCCUGGCAGUGGCCACAUGGCUGUGACAAGGACGGUGGUGGUGUCCCUGCAUGAUUACACCAUCACCAUAGAGAAGGGGAGGAAGUGGAUGGUUGUGGUGGGUGGUGAGUUCUACACCCUACCACUGACUAUGGACAAUGGGAAACUUUGGAUCAACCAAGAGGGGAACAACAUCAUUGUCCAAUCAGCCUCUGGCCUUGAAGUCUUUUACGACACUGCCUCCAACCUCCUACUGUCCGUCCCCAGCACUUAUAAGGGACAUGUGUGCGGCUUGUGUGGCAACUUUAACGAUGACAAGAAUGAUGAUUUCCUACUGCCCGGUGUGAAGAGUACCCAGAGUGUGGAUGAAUUUGUUGCCUUCUGGAAGGUGCCUAUUGAGGAUGCCAUAUGCUCUGAUGGCUGUGGUGAGAAGUGCCUCAUCUGUGAUGCAGCCCAGACAGCGCCGUACCAGACUGAGAGCUCCUGUGGGCUGAUCACAGCCAACUUGGGUCCCUUUAGAGACUGUCACUCAAUAGUCAGUCCUGUUGAGUAUUUCAACCACUGUCUCUAUGACAUGUGUGCCACCAACGGAAGGGGAGAGACCCUCUGCCAGAGCCUGCAGGCCUAUGUGGCCACGUGCCAGGCAGCUGGGGCCAAGAUCGAGACCUGGAGAACUGCCUCCUUCUGCCCCCUUGCCUGCCCAGCUAACAGCCACUAUGAGCUGUGUACCAGAUCCUGCGAUUUCACCUGUGCCAGCUUGUUUGCCCCUGCCCAGUGCACCGGGAAGUGCUUUGAAGGCUGCUGGUGUGAUCCAGAAUAUGUGUCCGAUGGGGAGGCAUGCGUCUCCAUGGACAGGUGUGGCUGUGUGCACAAUGGACGCUACAUCAAGGCCGGGGAGAGCUUUGUCUCCAGCAACUGUUCCGAGAAAUGCACUUGCCACGCUUCAGGCGAGGUCAUCUGUGAAGAAACAAACUGUUCCGAAGAGGAGAAAUGCAUGCUCAGGAAUGGGGUGCGCAGCUGCGUGAAGCAGGUGGGCCGGUGCACACUGGCCCAAGGAAUAUGGUUCACCUCCUUUGAUGGUGUCAAGAGGGAAGUCCUCCUUGAUGGGCCCUACGAGGUGUCUUCCCUCUGUGAAGGGGUCGACCUCCCCUGGUUCCGGAUGGUGGUCAGUGUGUUCAGAGAAGGUGGCGUGGCCGUUCCUGAUGGCAUCUCCGUUUUCUUCGAGGAGGAUCUGAUCCAUGUCAAUAAGAAAAAGGAGAUUUGGGUGAGAGGGCACCAAAGGCAGCUCCCAGUGAAUGUAUCCGAAACCUUGUCUGUAAGUGAGUCUCAGGGCACCAUCAUGAUUGUCCAGGGCUCUAGAAUAAAGAUUCUGUUCAGCCCGAGCGGGGAGGUGACGGUGACAGUCAGCGAGAGCCUGGCUAACAAGCUGUGUGCACCUUGUGGGAACUUCAAUGGCGACAUCUCCGACGACCUGCGGCUGCCCAGCGGGCAGGUCGUGGGGAACACCACGGACGUGUUUGAAGCUUGGAGGGCACGAGAACUCUCAAGAGGUGAUCUUUAAAAGCCACCUGAGCUGCGGUGGAUCCCACCCCAUUUCCCUUCCCUGCAUUGGACUGGGCUGGCCAGUUACUCCAUAACAGGUCAUAGCUUAGCACACAAACGUGUGUUCCUUCACGUAGGGUGCUCCAGGGAUGAGCACCUGUGAACUCAUUGCAGAUGAGUUCAGUGGUGCCGGGUGCAUGACGGAAAAUCUCAUCUGGACUUGUCAAUAGAGACGUUUGCAAAGGUGUGUCUGAAGCAGCUGGCUCUGGCAUGCCUCGGGAACUGGCUUUCGUGUUCCGCUUGGAUCUGACUGUGCUAAGGUCCCUUCACACCACCCUUUAAGGCCUCUUUAUGCUGCCAAAGUGGAAUAAAGGAGCCUCAGCAUAA